AACAAUUUGUAGUCCUUUCUACAGGUGUUUGGUAGGAAGAAAAGAGAAAAAAGUUGAAAUGGGUGCCAAAAUAUUAAUUUCAAUACUGGUGGUCAUAUCAAUCUAUCUUGUUCCGAUGACAUAUGCACAAUAUAUGUACUCGGGGACUGCUUCAGUCAGGCCUGCCCCUUAUGCUGAUAGGUCAUGCCCUGACGAGACGAUCAGCGACCUCAAUAAUACCUGUGUCGCCAUAGCAGGCGACGCUGUAUGGGAAGGGCCCCAAACAUGCGGCACAAAAUACUUUAUAAAUUGCACUGGUUCUACGAUCCAGGGUCUGCCUUGCCCGUGCACAGGUAAAAGUGUUGUUGUCACGAUUGUGGAACAUUGCCUCACAUCAGUUACCUGCAGCGUCAACGGCAACUUCAAUACCUUCCAACUUUCUCAAGAAGCUUUCCUCGAAAUUGCAGACCCUACUUAUCCAAAUAUCGCAAUUGAAUACAAGAGAGUAUACUACUAAAUUAAGAAAGUUUCGGAAAGGGUUGCAGCCUCCAACAUCCAAAAUGAGAAGGAUAUGUUGAAAUUAAUAUUUGUAUAAUUCCAUGAGCGUUGUUGUACUAGCACGAAUGUUGUUUGUCUUGCUGUCUUCUUUUUCCGAUUCAACUGGCAUAAAUAAGAAAGAAACUUAUAAAACAGGUCUUGUUGUCUUGUUGUAAGAUUAAAGAAGAGAGUUCACUUCUUUUGAACCA